AAGGUCGCUUAGGUACAGAGAACUGUACCUUAUGUUCGCCAUUAUUUAAAUCGCAAGUUUAUUUUCUGUAGUUUAGUUACUAGAUGUUCUAUUGUUUUCAUGUCGAUUCCAAAGGUCAUAGCAACCUUCAUAACUUAAUUUUAUAUCCUUUCUGUUGUUUUUCUCGAUUUUCCUUGUGAUUAACAGCCAGGGUAUAAUAUGGCUAAUGUUCUAGUUCAUUGUCCAGUUCACAAAUCUAAAACAGUAUAUUUUACUUACGUGUGAAUGGCAAAAACUAUUCCCAUCUAUUUGUAAGCGAGCAUAUUUUACAUGAGCAAAAUUUAUUGUGAAUUAUUUGCCAAGAUAACAUUAACUCCAGUCAUUUAUGAAGUUUGUUUUAUCUGCUCCUGCGAAAGCUAUAUUAUUUGGUGAGCAUGCUGUUGUAUACGGUUACCCAGCUAUCGCUGCUACAAUUGAACUACGGUGUUAUUUUACAGUUACCAUUAAGAAUGAAGCUUGUGAAGAUAUUAUUAUAGAUUUUAAAGAUUUAUCAGAAAAUAGCAUUCAUAUUCCAAUCAAAAUGUUUCAUUCUAUUUCAAAUAAAGAAUCUGUUUUGGAUUACGCGUGGAAAUUAGUGUCAGAUCUUUUUAGUUGUGCUUACCAUGACUCUCUUCAUGAUUCACCUAUCAUUGUUAGCACGUGUGUUAUAGUAUAUCUGUUUAUUCGUGCUAUACAACUACGAAGCGAUGAGUGUAGCAAUCAACAAUUCCCAAUGUUUAAUGGAAAAAAUACCAUAUGUAUAGAAAUUCAGUCAGAUAUACCUAGUGGAUGUGGACUAGGAUCAUCGGGUGCAUUUUCAGUUGCUGCUACUGCUACUACUCUGUUAUUAACUAACAAUUAUCCACUUGUACAAGUUUGGGACAUUGAUAAGAUUCAACGUAAAUUAAUAUCUUCUCUGGCUAGAGACGCUGAAAGCAUCAUUCAUGGAAAAUCUUCAGGAUUAGAUAGUACAAUAUGCACAUAUGGAGGUACUAUAGUUUUCCGGAAAGAUCAACUUCCCCUAUUUCAGGAAAUUAACAUUUCAAAUUUCGAUACUGUCAAAUUACUCAUAGUCAAUACUAACAUUACUCGUUCCACAUCUCUUGCUGUACGGAAGGUUUAUGAUAAGUGGAAGGAAGAUAAAACGUGUGUAAAUUCCAUUUUCAAAGAAAUAGGUAUAAUCGUGGACGAAGUAAUUGAUAUUUUGAAUCAGAACGAUAACUGUGAAAUUAGUCGAUCUCUUACUCGUCAUAUUGUUAGAAAUCAACAUUUGCUUGAAGAAUUGGGAGUGUCACAUUCUAUUUCAAACGAAAUUAUUGAAGAAUUAAAACUAGUUGGUAUUCCAGCGAAAGUCACUGGAGCAGGUUUCGGGGGUUGUGUGGUUGGAUUUAUUCUAGGAGUAGAGUAUGAUAAUUCAGGACUCAAUGAUCUUAUCAACAGGUGGAAUAAACGUUCUUUAUGGGCUAAAGUUACUUCUAUUCAAGCUUCUGGUGUGAAAUAUAGCUCUCAUUUUCUAUAAA